CGCGUUUAUCUAUUAUUUUGCUCUCUGAUAAAUAUACACAUAUACUCUGGCAAGCCGGCAUCGCUACAGUAGAAGUUUGGCAACGAGAAAACUAACGCCAGCGAAAAGUAGUGCCAUUUUUAUUUUCAAAAUCGACCAUCAAACACUAAAGAGCGAAAAAUGAAGCAAGCUUUUGCGCUGCUCGCAUUGGUCUGGGCGGUCGGCUUGGCCACUAGAGCCCAAAGCAUCAAUCCCAUCGAGGAUUUCGAGCGUCUCAACGACAGCGACAUGUGUGCACUUCUGCCGCAGGAUACGAGCUUCUUGCGUCCGAAUACCUGUAACAGUUGGGUGCGUUGUGGUUCCAUUAGCGGACACUUUGAGGAGGGCUCCUGCGCUACAGGCCUCUACUACAAUAAGGAGCUGGGUCGUUGCAGCCAGGCCGAGAAUAUGCACUGCCCCUACACGGAGACCGCUGAGAGCACACAUCCAUGUGCGGUGGAGAACGACGGCACCUUCCUGCCCGAUCCAUCGAACUGUCGCGGCUACAUUCUGUGUAAAUCGCAUAUGGAAGUGUUUGCCACUUGCCCCAACAAUCUAGUCUUCCAUCCCACAACGCACUCCUGCGUCUACCCUGAUCAGUAUAAAUGUCCCGCCGUCGAGAGCAAGACAUCGUCGCCAGCUUGCCGCGCCCUGCCGAACAACACACGCCUUGCCGACGACAAGCUGUGCUCCAAGUACUAUAUCUGCACAAACGAAGUGCUGUAUGAGCAGGAGUGCAACGCCUCGAUGGCCUACGAUGUCGCCAAAGGUCGUUGUGUGCUUUUAUCAGAGGUUCAGUGCUAUGAAACGGCUGAGCUACCACCCCCGGAGAACACCUUCUGUCUGGACAACAGUACGGGUCAGCCGCGCGUCGGCUAUUUCGAGGAUGACGAGUCCUGCAGCCAUUAUUACAUCUGUGCAAGCCUCGCUAACGGCAGACACGACACGAACCCCCAACACUUGGAAUGCCCCAUCGGCCAGUUCUUUGACAUUGAGAAGCUCUCGUGCCGCGAUCGUUUGAAUGUUAAGUGUCUGAAGGAUCGUUGCGUCGGCACUUCCCUGAACUUCGUCAAUGUGGCCGGUGAUUGUCAGAGCUAUGCACGCUGCUCCAAUGGCGUUACUGUUGGCACAAGUCGCUGCCCCACCGACUACUAUUUCGAUGAGUACAGCCAGGGAUGUACGCCAACCAACUUCAACUAUCCAGCCUGCGCCGCCUAGCGGACCGGUAGGGCCUUCAACAAUGAAUUGCAAUAAAAAAUUUUCCAAAUUUUGGUAAAUGUUGAAUUAAAAGUA